AUGACUCUACGGAUACUUUUGCAGUUCACCCCUAGCAGUGGACCUGUCGAAGGUGGCACACAGAUGACGAUCACUGGCAGAGACUUGGGUUCGACGAUCGAAGAAGUGAAGGACCGAGUGUUUGUGGCCGGUAGUCGAUGUCCUGUCAUCCACUACGAGAUCUCCAAGAAAAUUGUCUGUCGAGUGGAAAAGGGAAUUUCAUCGGGCCCUGUACGAGUUACUGUAGGCAAAACGGGUUCGAGAACGGCUGAGUCUACCCUGCUCUAUUCAUUUGUCGAGACCAACGUCUUCUCGGCCUAUCCACCUUUCGCUCCUGUCUCGGGAGGGACCAAGAUUACCCUCUAUGGACAGAAUCUGGACGUUGGCUCAGAAGUGAAGGUGCAGAUUGGGAAAGUCCCUUGUAGCGAUGUCAGGCGUAAUUCGACUUCAUCAUUGAGCUGUACCAUAUCCCGUGCAGUAGCUCCAUCGAAAAUCGCUGAAAUCAGCGUCUCCAUCGAUAAUGCCAUCAUGAAAGUGCCCGGAACAUUCGAAUUCCGUCCCGAUCCCACAGUGGCGUCCGUAUAUCCACUUGUUAGCUUUAAAUCAGGUGGAAGAUUGGUAUCAGUUGAGGGGACGAACUUUGAUGCGGUGUUGACGGCACGGAUGUUCUUCGUCUCGUCUACUUCGCCUCCAUUUGAGAUCGUCUCGAAGCUGUCGAGUUGUCAGAUUCAGAAUGCAACGUUCAUGUUCUGCCUGACGCCUCAACUGCUUUCGGGACCACACGCUAGGUCAUCUUAUUCAAGAUUCCCUCUGGGAUUUGCGAUGGACAACGUGACGUUGGUUCGUAAUCUGGGCCAUCGGAUUCAGAUGCGAAUAGUUCCCGAUCCCGAAUUCGCUCCAUUUAAAGGAAUCCGCAUACAUCAAGGUGAUCAACCCCUGAUUCUUGAUGGAAGUCACCUGAACGAAGCUGCUGAACCUCAAGAUUAUAAGAUUUUUAUCGGCUCUGAAAGGUGCUACGUCACCCUUGUUGACACAAGGCAAUUGGUCUGCAGUGGCCCUUCAGUUCAACCGGAUGCUACGGAUGAGCGUGGUGAGCCUAUCGUUGGUGGUCUUCCAUUGGUCUCCGUUACCGUUGGACGACUUCGAACAGAACUGGGACUUAUCGAAUAUGUGGAUCCGAUUGCCACACUGCGUUUAUGGGUUCUGGUUGUAACAGCUCUUGCUGCGUUGUGUUCUUUGCUGGUGCUGCUCGCAUUCCUUUGGAAGAAACGCCGGGUGGAGCGAGAACGUGACUACAGGAAGAUCCAAAUGCAAAUGGAACAUCUGGAGAGCAACGUCAGGAAAGAGUGCAAGCAGGCCUUUGCCGAGCUCCAAACGUCUAUGGAAAGCUGUGGAGAUGACGAUUAUGAAGGUAAUGACGUCACAACGUUAGUCGAGUUUGUACAUCGUCUCUUGUGGGACGACAGUGGCUGGACACAUUCACCAUCACUCUAUGCUUCUACUCUACCGGUUACUCUGGCUCAGUUCGAUGCCUUACUCAGCUGCAAGCAAUUCGUCUUUUCGAUCGUAGAAACGGCCGAGUCCGAGUCGGGAAUGUCGCUGAGCGAGAAGUCCAUGCUCUCUUCGUUACUGAUCGCUGUACUGCUGCGGAACUUCCAGUACUGUACAGAUGUCGUCCUAUCGCUUCUCCGAGCCCAUAUCGCUAAGAGUGUUCAUGCGGGAUGUGGCGACAUUCUGUUCCGUAAAAGCGACAGUGUGGUAGAGAAAAUGGUGUCCAAAUGGCUGGCGAUCUGUCUUUACGACUCCAUAUCCCAGUAUCAAGCCCACAAAUACAGUACUCUAUUCAAGGCUUUAAAAUACCAAACUGAAAGGGGUCCAGUGGAUGCAGUUACUGGUAAUGCUCGGUACACAAUCAACGAGGCUAAGCUUCUGAGAGAAAUCGUCGACUGCACCCCCGUGGACUGCUUGGUGAUGACACUGGAUGGCUGCGGUCCAUUCACCGUUCGGGCAAUUGCCUGUGAUACGAUCUCCCAGUUGAAACAGAAAAUCCUCGAUCACCUCUAUAAACGAAUUCCGCAUAGUCAACGACCGACGCUGGCCAGUUUCGAUUUAGAGUUGCUCUGUCCUACACGUGGACGCCUACUGCUAUCCGACUGGUCAGGACCUUGCCCGUCAACCAUGAAAGGACCAACCAAAUUGAACACCUUAGCCACCUACGGCAUCUCAAAUCAGUCACGUAUUGCAAUGAUUCCUGCCGAAAAAAGUUCAACGGGCUAUCGAGACUCGUUGGCUGAUUCGGGCAAGUCAUCGUGGUCAUCGUUGGAUCGGUCAUCUCCAGUGUAUCCACCAAGCCGUUUCUGUCACCUGUCCAGUCCAUCACGUACGCUGACUAUGGAGAAGCGGAAGAAGAUCGAUGAAAGUAUUCCGAAGUCGAUUCCAGAAGUCUAUCUGACACGACUCCUUACCAGCAAGGGUACUGUACAGAAGUACAUUGAAGAUUUCCUGGAAUCAAUAAUGUUUCUUGAAUGCUCUACAUAUCCACCCAUACUGAAACGUGUAUUCGAUCUGUUAGAAGAGGAAGCGACUCGGAAUAGGGUAUCCGAUCAUCGUUUAGUCCAGCAGUGGAAAUCGAAUCUGUAUAUUUUACGCGUUUGGGUUCAUCUUAUCAAGAAUCCCAAGAUUCUUCUAGAUGUUUCCGAGUCCAUCAGUCAAGAUGGCAAUCUCUCCGUCGUCGCUCAAACACUGAUGGACUGCUUUUCGUUUUCCGAGCAGUGCUUGGGAGCCCAUUCGCCCAGUUCCCGGUUGUUAUUUGCUAAGGAGGUGGCCCGACUACGUCCGCUGUCCACUGAUCUAUUCCGUAGGAUACGCCGACAGCCUCCUGUUUCCGAUGAGAUCUUUAUCGACAGCCUUAAUGAAGUCGCGAAUAGUCUGCGUGACUGCACGCGAUCAACGGUGGCUCUCUCUGAAUUACUUACUUGGGUACGAGGGAAUGGUGUUCGUUUGAUUGAGGUGCUUGCCGCUGAUGAUGUCUGUACAUCUCAACGACUACCAUCCCGAUUAUCUCAGGUUAUCAACCUAUCGCUUGACCCGGCCGAUCACAUUUAUUCGACCAUACUCGACGAAUCAUAG